UACGCAUUUCCGCCAGUUUCAACACCGCGCCACAGGAGAAAGUAGCAGACAAACCAUCGUGUUUCACAGCUCAAAGUUCUUUGUUUAUAUUCAGCUUCAGGUAAAAAGCUUGAGCGCCACGAUGGCCGACAAGAUGAGCAUGUCUCUGGAUGACAUUAUCAAGAUGAAUAAGAAAGGAGGCAGCGGCCGCGGCGGAGCAUCGUCCGGCUCGGGGGGAAGUUCAGGUCGGGCCGGUGGAUGGUCGAGGUCGGUGCGGAGUCGACAGAAUAACUUCAGCCGGGAGAAAAACAACAGAACCACACCGUACACCAGGCCCAGAGAGUUACCAGACAAAUGGCAGCAUGACAUGUUUGAGGAGCACACCAGUGGACGCAGGGCACCAGAAAGAAGUGAAGACAGUAGUGGCAAGCUGCUAGUUUCCAAUCUGGACUUUGGCGUCUCCGACUCAGAUAUGAAGGAGCUGUUUGAAGAGUUUGGAGAAUUAAAGAAGAUAUCUGUACACUAUGACCGGUCCGGCCGCAGUAAAGGAACUGCAGAUGUUCACUUUGUAACAAGGGCAGAUGCACUCAAAGCCAUGAAGCACUACAAUGGUGUCCCACUCGAUGGCCGCCCCAUGAAAAUCCAGCAAGUGACUUCAGAGGUUGACACACAGAGUAGACAGCCUACACAAAGUUCAAACAGAGGGUUCGACAGGAGCAGGCUUGGCCAACACAAGUUUGAAAGGAAUGAAAGGAGUGAACGGAGUGAAAGGAAUGAACGGAGUGAAAGGAGUGAACGGAGGCAAGGUGGUGGUGGCGGCGGCGGCAGAGGUUCCAGAGGUCGGGGAAGGGGAAGUGGAAACAGGCCCCAACUUUCUGCAGAAGAGUUGGAUGCCCAGUUGGAUGCUUACAAUGCUAUGUCUCAGAUGGACACCAGUUAGAAGCACCCGGACAGAAACCUGCAUCAAGUCCUUUUUUUUUUUGUUUUUUUAAAAAAUGUUUUGUUUUUAUCUGGUUGAUCGGACGUGAUGAAUUGGACCUCAUUACACUUGUUUUGAAGCCAUUUUAUUUUAUGGACCAAUGCAUUCUGUUGAUUUUAAUAUUUCUUAUUUUUGUACCCAUGUUUUCAGGAUUUUUUUUUCCUUUAGGCCAUCAGCUUCCUGCAACAUGAUAGAUUUGUCUUUUUUUUUUUUUUUUCUUUUCUUCCCCAAUCAUGUAAACAUGAUUCAGUGGUUUGAUAGACCGUUUAAUGUGAUGUUUAAAUGUUACUGUACAUCAAUUCUGUCACUUGGUACUGUAUACUUGACAUAUGGACAUAUUUCCAAGGGUUUUGUACAUAAAUCAUUAUAUUGAA